AUGUGUCACUCACGCCGCGGCGAGGCCUCCGGGUCAACCAACGUGCAGGGCCGUGAGGUCCUGCCCACCAACGUCAAGCCAGUGCACUAUGAUCUGACACUUGAGCCCAACUUUGAGAAGUUCACAUACGAGGGAACGGUUUCUAUCGACCUAGAAGUCGCCGAAGAUACCGAUUUCGUCUCCCUCAACACCAACGAGAUUGACAUUCACAGCGCAGUGGUCUCAGCUAAGGGGUCGGUGGUAGAUUCCAAGCCUGAGAUCUCCUAUAACAAGGAUCAACAGGUUGCGACUAUUAAGUUCGGUCAGGCCAUCGCUGCGGGUUCGGAUGCUCAACUCAAGCUUACCUUCACCGGUACCUUGAACGAUAACAUGGCUGGAUUCUACCGGUCAUCGUACAAGGACAAGAAUGGCGAGACCAAGUAUAUUGCGUCGACGCAGAUGGAACCAACGGACGCCCGUCGGGCCUUCCCUUGUUUCGACGAGCCCGCUCUUAAGGCCAAGUUCACCGUGACUCUGGUUGCUGAUAAGAGCAUGACCUGCUUGAGCAACAUGGACGUUGAGUCUGAGACCGAUGUCCAGGGUGGUGCGAAGAAGGCUGUGAAAUUCACCACUUCGCCCCUCAUGUCGACCUACCUCGUUGCCUUCAUUGUCGGCCACCUUAACUACAUUGAGACCAAGAACUUCCGCGUUCCCAUCCGCGUGUACGCCACUCCUGAUCAGGAUAUUGAGCACGGUCGUUUCUCCUUGGAGCUUGCUGCCAAGACUCUGGCUUUCUAUGAGAAGGCAUUCGACAGUGACUUCCCUCUGCCUAAGAUGGACAUGGUUGCCGUGCCCGACUUCAGCGCCGGAGCUAUGGAGAACUGGGGUCUGAUUACUUACCGUAUUGUUGAUGUGCUGUACGAUGAGAAGACCAGCGGUGCGUCCCGAAAGGAGCGCAUUGCUGAGACUGUCCAGCACGAAUUGGCUCACCAGUGGUUCGGUAACCUGGUUACCAUGGACUUCUGGGAUGGCCUCUGGCUCAACGAGGGUUUCGCUACCUGGAUGUCGUGGUACUCUUGCAAUGUCUUCUACCCCGAGUGGAAGGUCUGGCAGACCUACGUCAUUGACAACCUGCAGGGCGCUCUGUCUCUUGACUCGCUCCGCAGCAGUCACCCUAUCGAGGUGCCUGUCAAGCGCGCUGACGAGAUUAACCAGAUCUUCGACGCUAUUUCCUACUCCAAGGGCUCUUCCGUCCUCCGCAUGAUCUCCAAGUACCUCGGCGAGGAUGUGUUCCUCCAGGGCGUUCGCAACUACAUCAAGAAGCACGCCUACGGUAACACCGAGACUGGUGAUCUCUGGGCUGCUCUGGGUGAUGCCAGUGGCAAGCCCGUUAAGUCUGUUAUGGACAUCUGGACCAAGAACGUCGGUUUCCCCGUUGUCAGCGUCACUGAGAACAAGGAGAAGUCUUCGAUUCACCUCAAGCAGAACCGUUUCCUCCGUACUGGUGAUGUUCGUCCCGAGGAGGAUCAGACUCUCUUCCCCGUUAUGCUUGGCUUGCGCACCGAGAAGGGCAUUGAUGAGAACACCAUGCUCACUGGACGUGAGGGUGAAUUCCCCGUUCCUGAUCUUGACUUCUUCAAGCUCAACGCCGAUCACUCGGGUAUCUACCGUACCUCAUACUCCCCCGAGCGUCUCAAGAAGCUUGGCGAGGCCGCUCGCGAUGGCCGUCUGACCGUUGAGGACCGUGCCGGUAUGAUUGCUGACUCCGGUGCUCUGGCCGCUUCUGGAUUCCAGCGCACCUCCGGCCUCCUCUCCUUGCUCCAGGGUCUCGACACCGAGUCCGAGUUCGUCGUCUGGAACGAGAUCUUGACCCGUAUUGGCACCCUGCGUGCUGCCUGGCUCUUCGAGGACAGCCAGACCAAGGAUGCCCUCAAGGCUUUCCAGCGUUCGCUGGUUGCCCCUAAGGCCCAUGAGCUCGGCUGGGAGUUCUCUGAGAACGACGACCACAUCCUACAGCAGUUCAAGGCCCUCAUGUUCGGCUCCGCCGGUAUGGCCGAGGACCCCGUCGUUGUCAAGGCUGCCCAGGAUAUGUUCGCCCGCUUCUCCGCCGGCGACGUCUCCGCCAUCCACCCCAACAUUCGCGGCAGCGUCUUCACCAUCGUCCUCAAGCACGGUGGUCUGAAGGAGUACGAGGUUGUCCUCGACCGAUUCCGCCACGCCCCCACUUCGGACGAGAAGACCACCGCUCUUCGUUGCCUCGGUGCUGCCGAGGACCCCGAGCUCAUCCAGCGCACUCUCGGCCUCGCCAUCAACGACGAGGUCAAGAACCAGGACAUCUACAUGCCCCUCGGCGGUCUCCGCAGCCACCCUGCUGGUAUCGAGGGCCGCUGGAGCUGGCUCAAGGCCAACUGGGACGAAAUCUACAAGCGUCUGCCUCCCGGUCUGGGCAUGCUCGGCACUGUUGUUCAGCUCACUACUGCUAGCUUCUGUACCGAAGCUCAGCUGAAGGAUGUCCAGUCAUUCUUUGAGUCCAAGGAUACCAAGGGUUACGACCGUGCUGUUGAGCAGAGUCUUGAUGCUAUCCGCGCCAAGGUAAACUGGCUCCAGCGUGACCGUGACGAUGUUAAGCAGUGGUUGAGCAGCAACCAAAGCAAGCUGUAA